AGGAAAGCCGGAAGAGAUAGGACCCUGGACAGAAUCCCGGGUUGCCAGCCCCUCCCCCGGCCCCUACGGAAAGACGAGUGCAGAGACUGUCCUGGCGAAGUCAAAACAUUUAUCCUGGCUUUGUCAGUCUUAAAUUAUUUUGCUUCGAUGAUUUCACGUCAUCUUCAAAACAACCUUAUGAGCGUGGACCCGGUCAGCAGCCAAACCAUGGAACUCUCUGAUGUCACCCUCAUCGAGGGUGUGGGUAAUGAGGUGAUGGUGGUGGCAGGUGUGUUAGUGCUGACUCUAGCCUUGGUCCUAGCCUGGCUCUCUACUUACGUAGCAGACAGCAGUAACAACCAACUGCUGGGCACCAUUGUGUCAGCAGGCGACCCAUCUGUUCUCCACCUGGGGCAUGUGGACCAGCUGGUAAGCCAAGGCGCUCCAGAACCGACUGAACUCCCCCAUCCAUCGGAGGGGACUGAUGAGAAGGCUGAAGAGACCAGUGACACUGGAGGAGACUCCACUGGGGAACCUGGAGCUAGGGGAGAUACGGAGCCCAGCCUUGAGCAUCUCCUGGAUAUUCAAGGCCUCCCUAAAAGACAAGCAGGCCUGGAGAGCCCUCCAGAAGCUCCACUGGGAUUAGAUGAUAGCACCUGCCUCUCUCCCAGCCCCAGCCUCAUCAAUGUUCGGCUCAAGUUCCUCAAUGACACCGAGGAGCUGGCUGUGGCCAGGCCAGAGGACACUGUGGGUACCCUAAAGAGCAAAUACUUCCCUGGACAAGAGAGCCAGAUGAAGCUGAUCUACCAGGGUCGGCUGCUGCAGGACCCAGCACGCACACUGAGUUCCCUGAACAUUACCAACAACUGUGUGAUUCACUGCCACCGCUCACCCCCAGGGGCAGCUGUUUCUGGCUCCUCAGGCUCCUUGACCCCCUCAGCCACUGAGCCAUCCAGCCUUGGUGUCAAUGUGGGCAGCCUCAUGGUGCCUGUGUUUGUGGUGCUCUUGGGUGUGGUCUGGUACUUCCGUAUCAAUUACCGUCAGUUCUUCACAGCACCUGCCACUGUCUCCUUGGUAGGAGUCACGGUCUUCUUCAGCUUCCUAGUGUUUGGGAUGUAUGGACGAUAAGGACAUCCAGGAGACAAUGAAAGGCAUGGUCUUCCUCUUUCAUGGCCUCCCCCCCUUUCCUGGCCAGAGCUGGGCCCAAGGACCUGGGAGGGAGGGAUGGGAAGGAUAUGGUGGGUACCCUGUCCAUGGGACCCAGGAAGGAGGUGUGUGGCCUCCCUUGGUGUCCACAGGGUACAGAUAUCUCUGCAAGCACAACUCAGGUAGAAACAAGGAUAUCAUUUUCCCGAUUUUGGAAUCCCAAAGUUCAAAUGCCAAGCUCAGUGAGAAGCUUGGGCUCUGGGUUUUCUCUCUUGGCCAUGGCCUUAGCCCUUUUCCAGUUUCUUGCAUGUCUGCCCCCAAUCCCCCAGGGCUGCUGCCUGGCAGCUCAGCAUGGCCUUAGCCUUCCUCUGAAGGGAGCUUGAGUACAACUUCCUCGCCUCAGAUGAGUGUGGAUCUUCUGAAACUAAAUUCACGGGCACCCAGCUGCCACCACCUCCUCCCUGUGCCCUUAUAGCAGCGAUGGGAUAUUUUUUCCUUCUCUCAAAGCACUUUGCUUGCCCCCCCCCCUUUUUUUUUUCCCUAAAUCCACAUAGAGCUCAGUUAGGAAGGGGAUUGGGGCAGAAGGCCAAGCCCUCAGCAUUGAGGGACCAGGCCACAGCUGCUGCUAGCCUAGACCUAAGGCUGUAAGAGAACACUGGACUGAAUCCAGUGUCCUGCCCAGCUCCAAGGACGAGCUCUGGGUUAUAGCUUGCCCUGCCCUAGGCCCUUAGAUGGUAGGUCAGUAUGAGCGAAUAAAAUUGUUUUGUGGCUGA